AUGUCAAACAACUCUUUCUUCAACGCCUCGAUGCGAGGCGUGAUGUGGGAAGGUAUCUUGCAGACUGUGGCAAUCCGAGAUCUUCCCGUUCCGAUAAUCGAAGCCCCUACGGAUGCAAUAGUUCGUGUUCGAUACGCUGGUAUCUGCGGAACCGAUCUGCACAUUACCAACGGCUUUUCUCCAAGACAAGACGCAUCUUGGAGCCUUGGACAUGAAGCUAUGGGCAUAGUUGAACAUAUUGGCGAUGCUGUUCAAGAGAUCGCGAUAGGGGACUACGUUGUUGUUCCUGAUGGAAUACACGACGCCUCGUUUGAACUUACACCAAGUGAGAUGGAAUGGUACGCUACCCAGUUGGGUGGUGCUCAAUCCGAAUUUGUGAGGGUUCCACAUGCCGAUUACAACCUGAUGCCAAUUCCCAAUUCGCAAGCAUUAAACUCAACACUCGAAAUGGAUUAUCUUUUUGUCGGAGACAUCUUUGCCACAGGCUGGACUGCCCUCAAUUUUGCGGGGUUCGAGAGUGGUGAUACCGUUGCCAUCUUCGGAGCUGGCCCUGUUGGCCUCCUUGCUGCCCACUCAGCUUUUAUCCGUGGCGCCUCCAAGGUAUACGUCGUCGACUAUGUUCCAGAGAGGUUAGCACUUGCGUCCUCCAUCGGCGCAAUUCCCAUCGAUUUCACUGCAUCAGACGCAGUUGAGCAGAUACUCGCAUUUGAACCAAACGGAGUGAGACGAUCUGUUGAUGCAGUUGGUUUCGAGGCGAUGAAUGCCACUCUCGACAUCCAGACCGACAUUGUUAUUAAGAGUAUGGUAGCUGUGACUGGAUAUAAAGGCGGUAUGGGUGUAGUUGGUGUUUACGAGAACCUCGACAGCGUCGGCGGAGGCUCCCAUGGAACACGUAUUCCCUCCAGCAUUGACUUUCCCAUCGCGGACUUCUUUUACAAGGGGUUGACCUGGGGCAUUGGUCCAGUGGAUGUAAAGCUCGUAGUUCCAGAGCUUCUGAGGCUUAUUGACCAGGGAAUUGCGAAACCCAGCUUUAUUAUCAGCAGCGUUGUUGGCAUUGAGGAUGCACCAGAGGCCUAUCGGAGAUUUACUAGGCGGGAGGAGACCAAGGUUGUUAUUCGUUUCUAA